GAUUAUUAUUUUAUAACAUAUUAGUAUAUAUGUUCCGUUCGGGAAUUUCGGUUCUUGCUAAAUUCACAAGGCGCUCAAGUGAUCUGGAGCUUGAUCGUGGUGUGCAUGGAUUGUCGCACGACGGCCUUGUUUGGCGGCGGAAACAGGCGGCGGCCUUCCCUCCUCCGUGUCAGGUUCACCUGCAUGUUUGACAUGCUCAGCGGCGGGUGUGGUGGAUGUGCUCUCCAGAGGAUCAUUGUGCGUCCACGCUUCGAAAUCAUGCAGAUUGUUCCUGGUUUCCAUUGUCAUGGCAAUUCUCGCUUGGUCUCUGCAGGGAGCUUUGUAUUUGAUCAUGUUAAGGGUUGUAAUGCAAUCACAUUAGAAGAGUUUUCUGGGAUAUUCCUGUUUUCUAUCGGCCGUCGGUGUCCCUGUCGUGCGUCCCCGUCCAAGACGCCGGGCCCAAAUCGCCGAUCGUCCGUCCCUGUUGCAGUCGCGAGUCUCCGGCUAGUCGCGAUCGUUCGCCCUAGUUGUGGUCGCGGGUCUCCAGACGUCGGCCCCGUUGCAGUCUCCGCGUCCAUCGCGCCGAUUGAGUUCUCCGAUCGUCGCCAAUCAGUAGCCCAACGCAUCAAGUCCAAGUCGCCAUCUCUGCGAAGAGAUCGCCAUCGUCCAGCCGUCAAUUAUCGCCAGAUCCUUUGGUCAGUCGUCAAAGUUCGUCGAAAAGAAUUGCACAGUCCACUUGCAAUAUUGUUUUGUGGAAGUAUUCUUUAGUUGGAUUUCAAAUUGGCCACACAGCAGCAAAUUCAAGGGAGUAUAUCCACUCGCAUUUUUUAGUUCAACAUGUUUGGUUAAUCUUUGGACCAAUUGGAUUUUGUCUGGCCAAUCUGCUACUGUGAGUGGUUGGUUACACUUUGAGGACCGUACGUCGAAGACGGAGAUUGGACGAGGAGAAUUGCGAAACGGAGUAUACGUCUUUGCCUCAUACCCAG